ACUAUUAAUAAAACAAAAGCUACUUUGCUUUCUUCAAUGGCUACUUAAGCGAAGCAACAACUGAAAUAUUAUUCUUUUCCAUCCAUUUCAACUUCUGGUGCAGGAGCUACUUGAUUUCAAGGAACAUAAUCAUCUAACUGAUCUUGACAUAUCUUGUUGAUUAAAAGAGAGUUGAUAUUUUGCGUUCAAAUAUGUCUAUCUUGACAAAGCUGAAAUGUAUCACUGUGGAUGUUACGGGGACUUUGAUGGCUUAUAAGGGAGAACUUGGUGAUUAUUAUUGCAUGGCUGCCAAAUCCAUAGGGCUUCCUUGCCCGGACUACAAACGGAUGCAUGAUGGCUUUAAGAUUGCAUACACAGAAAUGGCAAAGAAAUAUCCGUGUUUUGGGCAUGCUGAGAAAAUGCCCAACAUUGUAUGGUGGAAAACUUGUGUGAGAAAUUCGUUUGUCCAGGCAGGAUAUGAUUUUGAUGAAGAGACAUUUGAGAAGAUCUUCAGGCGCAUAUACUCUACCUUUGGUUCAUCUGCACCUUACACAGUCUUCCGCGAUUCCCAACCAUUCCUAAGAUGGCUUCGUUCAGAGGGUGUGAUUGUUGGGCUCGUUAGCAAUGCUGAGUAUAGAUAUCCAGAUGUAAUUCUUCCAGCUCUCGGCUUAAAUGAGGGAUCUGAAUGGGACUUUGGUGUUUUCUCGGGUCUGGUGGGUGUGGAAAAGCCCAACCCAAAAAUAUACCAAAUUGCUUUAGAGAGGGCUGGAAAUAUAGCACCAGAAGAAACUUUGCACAUUGGGGAUAGCAUGCGCAAAGACUAUGCACCAGCCAAGAGUAUUGGGAUGCAUGCAAUUUUAUUGGAUAGGUUUAAAACUCCCGAUGCCGAGGAUUGGAAGAAAUCCGGUGCUACUGUGCUGCCAGACCUGGUGGCGGCACGAGAGUGGUUGACUGCCGAGCCUUGACUUCUUGAUAUAAUAGUAUUUAGUUGUAUGGUGGGAAGGGCAAUGGUUUAUGUCGGUCUCUUAUUUAUUCAGUGUAAAUGCCUUUCCUUUGUAGUUUGUACUGAUUUACUUAAAUGAGAAGGCACACUUAAAUGAGAAGGCACAUUUCAGUAAA